AUGUCUGAAAAACUUACCAACAAGAUCAUCCUGGUGGAGUUCUUGCUCAUGGGAUUGCCUGGUGACUGGGUAAUAGAGACAUUCCAUGCAGCACUCUUCUUCCUCAUUUACCUGACAGCACUGAUGGGGAGCCCCCUCAUCUUCACCCUUACCACUGUAGACCAGCACCUCCAAACCCCCAUGUAUUUCUCUGCAAGAAUCAGCAUUCCUGAGAAACUAGCCAACAUAACCAUCAUAAUGGAAUUUUUGCUCAUGGGAUUCCCUGAUGACUGGAUGCUACAGAGACUGUAUGCAGCCCUCUUCUUCCUCAUUUACCUGACGGCAUUGACAGGGAACCUCCUCAUUGUCGCCCUCACCACCAUUGAUCUGCAUCUCCAUGCCCCUAUGUUUUUCUUCCUGAAGAAUUUGUCCUUGAUUGAUAUUGGCUUCAUCUCUGUCACAGUCCCCAAGUCCAUCAUGAACUCUCUGACUAAGAGUCAUUCUAUCUCCUUCCUAGGAUGUGCCUCACAAAUUUUUCUUUUUCUUUUUUUUGGGAGCACAGAGUAUGCCCUCCUUGUAGUCAUGUCCUACGACCGCUAUGCUGCCAUCUGCCAUCCUUUACGCUAUGAGACCAUUAUGAAUAGAGGCUCCUGUGUGCAGAUGGUGACUGUGUCAUGGCUCAGCGGAUUUGUCUAUGGAUCCAUCCAUGUAACAGGUACAUUCUCUGUCAAUUUCUAUGGGCCCAACAUAGUGCACCAGUUCUUCUGUGACAUUCCAUCACUGCUUACACUUGCUUGUCCUGGGGAGCAAAUUCUAGAAUAUGCAUUUAUAAUUGCCAGCUUUUCCUUUGCCUUUUUAUGCUUCCUUUUCAUGAUUGUCUCUUAUGUUCACAUUUUCUCAGCUGUCUUAAGGAUUCCAUCUGCUCAAGGCAGGUUCAAAAUUGUCUCCACCUGCAUGCCCCACCUCACUGUGAUGGCCUUGUUCCUCUUUUCAGGCGUUGUUACAUAUUUAGGCACCAACUAUAAACCUGCAUCAUCACUGAAUCUUUUCAUGUCUGUGUUAUACUCUGUGUUACCUCCCAGCCUGAAUCCUGUCAUAUAUAGCCUGAGGAAUAGGGAUAUGAAGGCAGCCCUAGGCAAAUUACUGGGUGGUAAAAUGUUGCUAAAGAUGUAAGUAUUCUGCUAUCUUUAAAAUAUUGGCAUGCAUUUUCUCUUAAGUCAAAAGAAGUUUUUAAAAUGUAUUUUGGCCAUCUAUGUCUUUGGAACACAU